CCGCGGCGGGGCCAAUGGGGGCGGCGGACGCGGUCGAGCCUCUCCCCGGCCUCCCCCGCCGCCGCCGGGCGCCCGUCAUGUGAGGGGGAUAUAGUACUACGGGAGCGGGGCCGCGCUCCGCAGCCGCGCACCCGCCUCCCGGGGGAGCUGCGCCCGCCUCCCGCCGCUCCGCUCCGCUCCGCUCCCCGCCGGGGCCGCGCUGCGUGGCGUGCGCUCCUCUGCCUUGGCGGCUGGCUUCUUUAAACUUUGCUUUUUUUUUUUUAAAAAAAAAAUCUACAUUUUUUUCCCUUCUCGUUUUCACUGCUGUUUCUGCUCUCUUCUCGUCGUUCUUGGCCUUUUCUCCCGGGCUUGCAGAGGAGUUCAGGCUCUUACCUGAACUUUUGCUGCCUGGUAUAUGCUGUUGGGAUAUCCAUAAGAGAUCGCCCAGGAAUGGUGGAUCACUUGCUGCCUACUGAUGAAUCCUUUUCAUCUACAAGAUCUUCUCUUGGAUACUUUGGGGACAUGACAGCAGGGGUGAGGUCGUACCAAAUGCUGCCCUCUCCCCUGUCAGAAGAUGACAGCGACUCGUCCAGCUUUUGUUCUUGUUCUAGCCCUGACUCCCAGGUUCUCAGCUCCAGCUAUGGAAGCACGUCCAGUGCAGAAAGUCAGGACAGUAUCUUAGACUACUUGUUGUCCCAGGCAUCUUUGGGAAACACUGCUGCAUCAUGGUGGGACAAAAGGAGACUUCAGCCAAUAGUGAAAGAGGAGUACUUUAGGUUGCCUGAAUUUGCUGUGGAUAUGGAAGACUCAGGACCAUUUCAGCCCACACUUGAGGAAAUUGAGGAAUUUCUGGAGGAGAACAUGGAGUUGGAGCUCAAAGAAAGACCUAAAAGUGAGACCAAGGACUUGAGAGCUUGCAGCCAAGUUUCUGUUGCUUCGCUACAGCAAAAAGACCAUAUGUUACCCAGUGCUAGUUUAAAAGAAAGUAAAAAUGAACAGUUGGGCAGCUCAACAGAAAGUGGCCAAGCUCAAAAUGGAGGAAUGUCCCUGGAGAAUGGGAUACCAGUUAUGCUCCAAAUUCAGCCUGUACAGGUCAAACAGGAGUCCAACACAAGCCCCGGUUCCCAAGGACCAGCACAAGAGAACAUUAAAAUUGCACAGCUCCUCGUCAACAUCCAAGGACAGACAUUUGCCCUUGUGCCUCAGAUAGUUCAGUCGUCCAAUUUGAACUUGUCCUCUAAAUUUGUCCGCAUUGCUCCUGUCCCCAUCGCCGCCAAGCCAAUUGGGCCAGGAGGCAUGAUCCAGGGUCAGACAGGAAUCAUCAUGGGUCAGAAAUUUCAAAAGAACCCUGCAGCAGAACUCAUUAAAAUGCACAAAUGUUCUUUUCCUGGUUGUACCAAGAUGUACACGAAAAGCAGCCAUUUGAAAGCCCACCUGAGGAGGCAUACAGGAGAAAAGCCUUUUGCAUGCACGUGGCCGGGUUGUGGAUGGAGGUUCUCCAGGUCAGAUGAGUUGUCCCGGCACAGGCGCUCCCACUCAGGGGUUAAACCCUAUCAGUGUCCUGUCUGUGAGAAGAAGUUUGCUCGAAGUGACCACUUGUCCAAACACGUCAAGGUGCAUCGGUUUCCACGAAGCAACCGCUCCGUCCGCUCUGUGAACUGAUUCGUCCCGCUUUCCCCUUCCCGCCCAGCCAUCCAACAGCAGCCCAUGACAGCACUUUGCUCACUAUAUUUCUAGUGAUAAUUUAUUUGUCUCCACAGAACACUCAAUGCUGUUACUUGAUACCACCAUGUCUGAGUGUCCCAUGUCCUUUAAAGAUGAUUUGAGAAUGAAGUUCUUUUUGGGUCAAGGGAGGGGGGUGCUUCUUCCUUUUUUUCCUUUUUGUCUUUUUUUUUUUUUUUCCUUUAAGGAUGUUAUUUUCCUUUCCUUCUGUCUUUUCCUCCUUUGCUGCUGCUUCUUUUGGAAAUUACAGUGUUUUAUUUUUAGCUGUUUUCUGCUGCACAGGAAAAUGUAAGAGUUGCUUGCUGCUAGUUAAUUAUAGCCCUGGCAUUCCUGAGGGCUUUGCUCAUGUACAGGCCAUUCAUUGUGAGUUUUUAUUAAGCUGCUCUAUUUGUCCAGUUUGGAAACAGCAAAUUCCUUUUGAGAUGAAAACAACUCCUUUGUUUUUGGGUUGCCUGAGCCAAGGAUUUGUAGGGGCUGGCCAUAGGAGGAGGAACAGUGGGAGUCGGGGACAGUGGGAGGCAAUGCGUGGAGAGUGCUGGAAUGUGCCUCCGUGCCUCUCUAAAUUCUCCCACUCACAUUUACCUUUGCCUUGGAUAGGGCUAUAUAUAAAUAUUUAUGUAUAUUCAUACAUAUAUAUAUAUUUAAGCAAAGGCAUACCCCAAGCAAACCCAGAAGCUCAGACUGGAUGAAAUGGCUUGGAGUGGAGCCUUUUGGUGUGGCUGACCGUGUACUGCGUGCAUGUUUCUCCUGUCCUGUGCUGUCAUGGGGUGAAAGGAUGCUCAUGCGUCGAAGGAAACGCUGCUUUCCUUUGACUCUGGUUUGUAGCAUCCACUGUCGUUAGCAGAAGAGCUGUUGUCUAGCAUGUAAAGCAGCAGGAAGCUGUCUCUGUGCCUGUCCUCUUGUGUGACCUUGGGGGAGAAACCCAGAGCACCAGCCCUGGAGGUGCCUGGUGGUCCUGGUGAGCACGGGGCAUCCCGAGCAUCCACUGCAAGGCAGCGCCUUGCUGGUUGGAGCUAAGUCUUUGUCCACUGGUCAGCUGGGUCCUGUAGGAUGUUCUUAUCCCCAGGGGAGGGUGGGAGGCAUUGUGGCCUGGUGAGACAGCACCGUGAGAUCUUCUGUCUGAGGGUGAUCAUCAGUGCUAGUCCUCUCCUACUGACAGCCAUGUCAGAGCUCCAUGCAGCUGGGGUGGGUGAAUGGGUGAGAACAGUAGCCAAAAGAAACAAAUUUGUGUGGUAGCUGGCUAAGAAGGGAAUUUAAACAAAUAAUCGGAUGGUAGCAGGCGAGUGAUUUUGUUUGUGUUUCUUCUUGUUUUGUUUUUCCUUUUGAACUCUGGCAAUUGUAAGAAGCUUUAGAAGAAGUAGAAUUCAGUAAUUAGGAAUGAUUUUUAUAAUGGAUGUUGCAUUUCCUUUCCAUUUGCUGACAGCAUCUGUUUGUCUUUUUGUUGGCAAAAUGGGAGAUAGGAAACUGCAAUUCUAGCGCUAGGCAGAGCAGGAGCCCGCACUGUGCAAGAACAGCAGGUCUAGCUAAGGCAAAUGCAUUCCUUUUGUCCUCUAGAAAUUAAUAUAAAUGAACUAUCAUCUAUUGACUGGUUUAUAUCACAUCCUAUGAAUGUAUGUAAAUAAAACUGUACAUAGAUGCAUAUCUAUAUAAAAUAUCUUUUAAUAACGUAUCAAAAUUUGUGUAAAUUGGAAACAAAAAUACCUAUAAAGCCAGUGUACAUAAGUUACAAUUCUGUAUAUUUUCUUUUGUUCUUCAUAAAAAUAUAUUUACUUUGACAAUAAAAUGAAAAUGGAAAUUUUAAA